GGCGGGACAUCGACGGGCUGUACCGCAUCAGUGGAAACCCGGCAACCACCCAGAAGCUGCGCUAUAAGGUGGACCACGGUGAGCGUCUCGACCUGGACGAUGGGCGCUGGGAGGACGUCCACGUUAUCACGGGCGCCCUGAAGCUCUUCUUUCGAGAGCUGCCGGAGCCCCUCCCCUUCUCGCACUUCCGCCAGUUCACCGCGGCCAUCAAGCUGCAGGACCAGGCCCGGCGCAGCCGCCGUGUGCGUGACCCAGUGCGCUCGCUGCCCGCCCCCAACCACGACGCGCUGCGGCUGCUCUUCCAGCACCUGUGCGGGGUGAUCGAGCACGGCGAGCAGAACCGCAUGUCGGUGCAGAGCGUGGCCAUGGGGUUCUGGCUCACGCUGCUGCGGCCCCAGACGGAAGAGACCAACAUGCCCAUGACCAUGGUGUUCCAGAACCAGGUGGUGGAGCUCAUCCUGCAGCAGCGCUCAGAAAUCUUCCCGCCGCACUGA